AUGGAGACGAAGGUCAGGGAGAGCUUCGUCACCGUCGUCUCACGAUGUCCCUGUGAUCCAACCGAGGCGCCCUUGAACACUGCAGCAGAGGAUGUGAGUAGCUCUCGCCAGCAGGGGCAGUUGGACUUCCAGUCUGAGGAGUAUGACCAGUGCACACACAAGACGAAAUCUAAGGUUCGGAGAUGCACGCGCGCGCACGCGCGUCUAACGGUUCUGCACGCACAAGAUCUUGUCAGGAAUGGACAUGCUUCUCAGACUGUCCCCGCGACCAAUAUUAUAUGCUGGGACCAAGACGCGAGGAUACUCACGGAGGCACCGAUGGAGGCGCUGCAGGUGGAUGGUGGAGACAUACAGGACAUUUUUAGAUUUCGAAGGGAUUUGGCCAAGCUAUCCAAGCUACAGCCUGGUCCACCAGUGGCUACCUUGCUUUAUCUGGGCUUCUGGGCUAUCCUACCCCGGGUGCAUGAGUUUUGGCCUGAACAGUUCACUCCUUCGUCCACCAACAUUUCACUGACGGCACUCCUGACGAAUGCCUACCUAUUAUAUGCCCGUGUGGCCCCCACGUGGAGGCUUACAGUGACUACGUGGUGCCACGCCCUGGCUACCCAAUACGGCGUGCCCCAGCGGAUGGGUGGUUCUCCUCGCCCCACAAAAGUGACGGGCGUGAAAUUCCAGCAGGAGGGAAUUCCAAGGAAAGACACGCUUCUGAGGUAUCUCGGGGAUUUUCCCGGAAUGACAGCCAUCACGAUUUGCUUCAGGCUUAACCUUCGUCAGUACAGGGACAUUGACAUCGUUCUGUCUUAUGCUGUUCCCGAAGAACCCAAUGAACUUGUAAUAGCUUUUGCACAUGACACCCAAAACAUCCUCGUGCAGUACUGUGGAUCUGUGGGAGAAGCUUUAAAUUUCACCGUUCCUCUGCGCCAGUGGGUCCCCGUCUGUGUGGCACUCGAUCUUGAGGUUCGAUCCGUUGAACUCCUUUUCGAAAACAGAGUCAAGAGGUUUGGGCUUCAAGAUUCUAAUAACACGUGCCAUGGGCUUCGCGGCGGAGGAAACCUGGUGUUGGGGCAAGACCAGGACGCGUACAACGGCGGCUAUGUCCAGCUGCAGAGCCUGAGCGGAGUUCUGGCCGAGUUCAGGCUUUAUGAUCACGUGUUGUCCGGUGAGGAGAUGAGGACUUUUAGUAGAUGCAGGUCGACGUUAAAUACAAAUUCGACUCCUGUGAUCAGUUUUUCUAAUGUUCAGCGGGAUUUCGAAGCGGUAAAUGUUCAGUUUGAGCAAUUUCAGGAAGACUACUGCCUGGGAGAAUGGAACAACAUCCUCAUCUUCCCCGAGCCGAGAACAUUCAAAGAAGCCAACCGUUUUUGCAACGUUUCUGGCGGUGCUGUCAAGGUCCCCACAAGCGAGGAAGCGAACCUAUUGAUCUUCAACAAAACCACGCGUUACGCUGAAGCGUGCAACAUCGGAUACGUGGAUUCCUUUUGGCUGGGCGUCAAGGGGAAUGUGACCAGCCAAACAUGGACCCAUUACAUUACCGGCAAAAUCCUUCAGUACACCAAUUUCCUCUUGGAAAACACCUCAGUUAAGGAACCCCUCACCUGUGUAUCGUUUGUAGGUGAUAAAAAUGCAAUUGCAAAUCAGCAUGCUGGAUGGUCUGUCACUGCCUGCAGUAACCUGCGAUGCGCAAUUUGCCAACAGGAUAAAGUGUUCUUGCUAAAGGCUCGGGGACUGUGUAAGGGAUCUCACUUCGACCGCCAGUAUUUCCUCACUCAUGAUAAAGGUUGGAUUACUUUCACCGGCAUAUAUUAUUCUACGAUCACCAGGUACUUUCCGUCUCAGGACGGAUAUGCAGAUACACGCGCCUACGAUUUCUGGCAGAUUUCCCGCUCAGACAAACCAUCCGUGAAGGCCACAUUGCAGACAGACUCCCCUUAUGAUUACCCCUUUGGAAGACAUACAUGGACCGUCGUAAACGAUGUCUGUGGCAGAACCAACGUCACCAUUCUGAUAACAUCUUGCAAAGACGGACAGUUCUCCUGCAAUGACGGAAGUUGUAUCGAUAUCCAGCAUCGUUGUAACCUGGAGAUCGACUGCCGCGAUGAAUCGGACGAAAUGGACUGCGACUUUCUCACCCUCGACCACUCUUACAACAGCGACAACCCUCCCCCUCGAACCAACGCCUUAAGCCCCGUCUCCGUCAAGCUCAACCUCGACAUCUACGCCAUCCGAAGCAUCGACGUGGGUGAAUUCCGGUUCACUUGCGACGUCGAAGUGACAACCGAGUGGUUUGACUCGCGCCUGCAAUUCCGACACCUGAACAACGCCAGCACACUCAACUCUCUGAACGGGAAGCAGCGACAGCCCUGGAUGCCCAAGCUGGAGUUCCUCGGAGACGGACGGACCACGAGUGACGUCAGCGCACGACGAGGUUCCCUGAACGUCCGGCGAUAUUCGGGGCCUCUGGAGGAUAAUGAUGAAGAGGCCCAGGAGAGUGAAGUGUUUUUGGGAAGUGAAAACUCUCUACUACAGGUACAGAAAUUGACUGUAGCAACGUCCUGCCAGUUUGAUUUGGAAAAAUUUCCUUUCGACACACAGAGGUGCUCUAUGAUUAUAAAACUAUCUGACAUAACGAAGAACUACGUAAGAUUAACAGCGGAUGCGGACAGCGUAGUCUUCAGUGGUCGCAGGGGGAUGCUUCAGUACAAGCUCGUGUACGAAAAGAUCGCCGAGAAAGAUUUGGGUGACUACAGCAUGGUAGAAGUUCAGCUGUACUUAGAAAACCUUUCUACUUUCUACAUCACCUCCACGUACGUCCCUACCCUCAUCAUCGUCGUGAUCGGCUACCUCGUCUUCUUCUUCCCGAUCAACAACUUUAACGAGCGAAUAAUGGUUGGCUUAACUGGCCUGUUGGUGGAGGCGACUUUCUUCUCCCAGUAUCUCAUCAAUCGCGUUCAAAGCCUAGUAACACCAAGGCAGGACUUCACUAGGAAUUCUCCUGUGUUCUGA